GAGCGCGUGAAAAACAGGGAAUCUCCAGCGCGCGCCAAACAAAGCGCACGCACUCAGCACUUCAAAGCGACUGACCUUUUACAAUUUGGACAACGGGGAAACCUUACCGUUACACACAGCGACCAUGAGCAUAUCAAAGGGAUCUAAAUUAAAGAAGUUUUUUUCUAAGUCCAAGUCUUUUGAAAAGGAAAGCAAGGAUACUGACAGAACUGAUGUGACUUUACCCGUGGACGAACGCGAGAGAUUCAGGUGCGCGUCCGAUUCCUUGACUUCACCGGGGAGUCCGGAUCUCCGCAGCCCCGGUGAUGGCACGGUAUACCCGUACUCGCUGCCCACCAGCCCGAACGAGAUAAAGAAGAAGAAAAAAAGACGCUUCUUGUCCCUCAGGUCCAGAAAGAAAUCAAAGGAUAAAGAGCCCGGAGAAGCAGACUCCGUUUACAGCAUGAGUUUUGAUCAGAUGAGCAUCCAGACGGAGGACGGUUUUAUGACCGAUACCUGCCCCACUCCUGUGCGCUCUCGUAAUAAUUCAAUCAACAGCCUGGAUCUCGCUUCACUUCAAGACUCAUCGUUCAUAUCCCACAAGCACAGGAAGAGUUCUGAGGAGAAGAUCGGAGUUUUUAACCGUAUCGGAAAUCUCUUUGGAACUUUAUCUCGGAGGAAAAAAAGCAAGUCGACAUCUGAUGACAAGGAUGAAACUGCGUCAUCACAGGCAAACAGCCCAAUCAAAUCCACAGCAUCAGAGGAACCAAAACAGCCUUCCAGUUUUUUUGUAAACAAAGAGUUUGAGGAUUCAGUAUUUUGGGCAGCGAAAAGACGAAGCCCCAGCACGCACAGCGAAGACGCAGGAGACUUACCUUUUGCAGACAGCGGCAGUAGCGGACGAGGUAGCGUGAGGGAGGUGGAAGUGGUCAAGGUGAGCAGUGUUGAGGCAUGCAGCGAUGCAAAAACUGAUUAUGUGGUGACAGAGGCGGGCAAGAAGCUCCGGGUGUAUCUGGAGGAGACGUGCCUUGACAUCACAGGCUCAACUUUGAGUACAGAAACUUCUAUACAAACUUCUGAUUCGCCAAAGUCUCAUGUAGUCUCAGGGGGAACAGAGAUUAAAAAGACAGUUUUGAAACCCACCACCCUAGGCAAAGGGAGUUACACGGCGCUGGUCGGGGUAACCCUCGGUUCGCAUUCCAGCCCUUUGUCCUCUGACAGUCAACCUGGAAAAGAAGAAGAGACAGACAUUAUGGGUAAGAAAAACAGUGGCCGACGGAAAUCUCGCAAACUGAGCAGUAACAACAGCAAUAAUGAGGUCUCCUCAAUAAAAACCACUUCCCCCGAGGCAGAGGAGAAGUUAACGCCUCAUCCUCCGCCCUCACCUGGUCAAGUGCACAUAGCCGUAUGGGCGGAAACUCACCUGACAGAAGAAGAGAGCGAGAGCUCAAUUACUGACUCACUCUCCUCUGAAUUUGCACCGGCAAGCCCAUCCGAGAGUCUUUUUGACUCUGUUACAGCUGCUAUCGGCACAUCUGGUCUAUUUCGAGCACCGGAGCCUCCGGACACAGUGACCGUACGGACAUUUAAGAAAUCAGAAGCACCGGAAUCGGACACACGAGAGAGUCUCAAUGCUAAUGUUCUCAAUGCUGAGAGCUUUGAAGAGAAACGCAGGAGCUUGAGAUUGUCAGAAAGUGAGAAAGUAUUUGCUAAAAGAGUAUACGUUGGUUCUCAGUCAAGCUUAGAUGGGGAAGAAGCCGAAAUCGAGUCCCAAAGUGAGGCAAACUUGGAUGUUACGCAACCUAUCCAGGUUAAGGUGAAAUUAUUACCAAAUGUUAAGAUUGUAAGUGUCAAUGAAUCAACUGAACAGACACAUGGGCCAGUGAGAGAGGAAACUAUUUCUGUGCCUAAAGACCCUCUGGAAAAGGACGUGGAGAGUCCUACUGUCCCCUCAACAGAUAUCACAGAAGAGAUCAGGCAGGAAUCAGACUUGGUUGAAAUGUCAAGUCCUAAGGGACCGUUAAUUACUUUGAUGAGUAGUCAGAACUCAUCUACGCCUUUAAAACGUACGGACAGAUCAGCCAGUGGACCACAUGGAGGAAAUAAAGCUAAGGGCCCUCCACCGCAAGUUGUUCCUAAAACAAAAGCAGUGAUGUCUCGAAUUAAAAACAUUUCUGAGGCAACAAAGAAAGAAGCGCCUCCAGUAGGGAGGAUUUUACAGAAACAGUCAGAUCAAAAAGAGUUGAAAUCUCCAACAGCAAAGGAGUCGUCAUUUUCUUUCAAUAAAUCAGUCGACAAGACAAAAAUUCCAAAGAAAAUAACACCAGCGAGUUUGACAAAACCAAAGAAAGUGGUGGAGGAUGAUACAGUAGCUUCUCUGUCUCCCGAAUCUGAAGAUCAGAUUUCACUUAAACUUCAAAACGAAGGAGGAUCAAUAAGUCCAAAACGGAAAAUGUCACCAACUAAGUCAGUGGAAGGCGGGAAUGUUGCGGAUGCUUCUGUAACACCAAAAUUACCUUCACCCACCAAAGAGCUGCCAAAUCUUAAACGAGAAAGUCGUCUGAGAAGUUCAUCCACUGAUGAUAAAUCCCCAUCUCCCCCACCUUCAACAAGGAAUGCAAAAUUAACCACAGAGCUAAAAUUUAACAAAGUAUCUAAAGAUAACCAAAAGCCAAAAACACAGCCAUCUGCCAUCAGUCCAACAUUAAAGGGUAGUUUUCAGUACUCAAAGACUAAAACAACUGAGGCAAAAGUCAAAUCAGGUGAUGCUGAAAGCAAAACCACUACGCAUGACAAAACUGAUGCCACAGACCAAUCAGAGAGCAGCGUUGAAAAGAAGAAGCCUACAAACGAAACCCAGACAAGUGGGCCAAAAAGUCCUCGAAAAUUGAAGAACGAUGCGUCACUGACAGGAAGGAAGCCAACUCGAACGACACCACCGGGGCUUCUGAAACAGACUUCAGAUGCAGAAGUUGAACAUGGAGAAAGUGAGUCAUGUCAGCCAUCAUCACCACCACUUACUAACUUAGACAAAAAUGAGUCAUUCCUGGUUAACGGUCCUGUUGGUGAUGGCAAAUCUGACUACACCACAGGAAAUGCUGUGGUCAGGAGUCCAUCUUCAGAGCCUAAACUGAAAAGUCCUAUUAAGGAGGGGGGUGAAGCUCUGCCAACAGUAACGCGUCUCAAAAGUCCCACCAAAUCCAGGAGAGAUUUUAGGAAAGCAGAGCAAACUACAGCUUCAGUUACAAAAACAGAAAAAGGGCAGAAGAUGACAAAUUUGCCCCAUUCACCCAAAGCCUCUCUGAAAUCUGAAAGUGAAAAUGGUACAUUGGAAAUUGUUCAGAAACAACCAAAAGCCACCUCUGAAAUGGAGGUUGAAAAAUCAGAGGCUGCCAAAGCCGCAGUCACAUCGCCUGCGGAAAAAGAUUUGCAGUCCGUAAAACAACCGACUAAAUCAGAUGUCCAAGUAAUACCAGAUGCCCAAUUGGAUCUUGUUGAAGAGAGUCCUCCUGUUAAAAAAGGAAAGGUUAAGAAAGAAAAACGUACCGUUGGUGAGGGAGAUGAAAUUUCGUUAAUACCAAAAAUGGGUCAUUACACAGCUACUGAACCAAGUACUAAAGCCAGUGAGCAGUCCAGCUUUUCUCAGAAAAAAACCUUUGCAGUAAUUUCAGAGAACAUGCCUGAGACAACCCAGAAGAUUGAGAACAAGGAAGUCAGUGUAGAAAAUGUUGUGAAUUCAGUCAUUUCAGAGGAUUUGCCUGAUACAACCCAAAUGAUUGAGACCAAAGAACACAAUGUAGAAAAUGUUGUAAUUUCAGUAAUUCCAGAGAAUUUGCCUGAGACAACCCAGAAGAUGAAGACCAAGAAAGACAAUGUAGAAAAUGUGACUUCAGUCAUUCCAGAGAAUUUGCCAGACACAACCCAGAAGAUGAAGACCAAGAAAGACAAUGUAGAAAAUGUUGUGAUUUCAGUCAUUCCAGAGGAUUUGCCUGAGACAACCCAGAAGAUGAAGACCAAGAAAGACAAUGUAGAAAAUGUGACUUCAGUCAUUCCAGAGAAUUUGUCAGACACAACCCAGAAGAUGAAAACCAAAGAAGACAAUGUAGAAAAUGUUGUAACUUCAGUCAUUCCAGAGAAUUUGCCUAAGACAACCCAGAAAAUUAAGAUCAAGAAAGACAAUGUAGAAAAUGUUGUGAAAUCAGUCAUCCCAGAGGAUUUGCCUGAAACAAACCAAAAGAUUGAGACCAAGAAAGACAAUGUAGAAAAUGUUGUGACUUCGAUCAUUCCAGAGAAUUUGCCAGAGACACCCCAGAAGAUGAAGACCAAGAAAGACAAUGUAGAAAAUGUGACUUCAGUAAUUCCAGAGAAUUUGCCAGAGACACCCCAGAAGAUGAAGACCAAGAAAGACAAUGUAGAAAAUGUGACUUCAGUCAUUCCAGAGGAUUUGCCUGAGACAACCCAGAAGAUGAAGACCAAAGAAGACAAUGUAGAAAAUGUUGUGAAAUCAGUCAUCCCAGAGGAUUUGCCUGAAACAAACCAAAAGAUUAAGACCAAGAAAGACAAUGUAGAAAAUGUUGUGAAUUUAGUCAUCCCAGAGAAUUUGCCAGAGACAACCCAGAAGAUGAAGACCAAGAAAGACAAUGUAGAAAAUGUUGUGACUUCAGUCAUUCCAGAGAAUUUGCCAGAGACACCCCAGAAGAUUAAGACCAAGAAAGACAAUGUAGAAAAUGUUGUGAAAUCAGUCAUCCCAGAGGAUUUGCCUGAAACAAACCAAAAGAUUAAGACCAAAGAAGACAGUGUAGAAAUUGUUGUGAAUUCAGUCAUUCCAGAGAAUUUGCCUGAGACAACCCAGAAGAUGAAGACCAAGAAAGACAAUGUAGAAAAUGUGACUUCAGUAAUUCCAGAGAAUUUGCCAGAGACACCCCAGAAGAUGAAGACCAAGAAAGACAAUGUAGAAAAUGUGACUUCAGUCAUUCCAGAGAAUUUGCCAGAGACAGCCCACAAGAUGAAGGCCAAGAAGGACAAUGUAGAAAAUGUUGUGAUUUCAGUCAUUUCAGAGGAUUUGCCAAAGACAACCCAGAAGAUUGAGACCAAAGAAGUCAAUGUAGAAAAUGUGACUUCAGUCAUUCCAGCGAAUUUGCCAGAGACAGCCCACAAGAUGAAGACCAAGAAGGACAAUGUAGAAAAUGUUGUGAUUUCAGUCAUUUCAGAGGAUUUGCCUAAGACAACCCAGAAGAUUGAGACCAAAGAAGUCAAUGUAGAAAACGUUGUGACUUCAGUCAUUCCAGAUAAUUUGCCUGAGAUUGAGACCAAGAAAGACAAUGUAGAAAAUGUGACUUCAGUCAUCCCAGAGGAUUUGCCUGAGACAACCCAGAAGAUGAAGACCAAAGAAGACAAUGUAGAAAAUGUUGUGAAAUCAGUCAUCCCAGAGGAUUUGCCUGAAACAAACCAAAAGAUUAAGACCAAGAAAGACAAUGUAGAAAAUGUUGUGAAUUCAGUCAUCCCAGAGAAUUUGCCAGAGGCAACCCAGAAGAUGAAGACCAAGAAAGACAAUGUAGAAAAUGUUGUGAAAUCAGUCAUCCCAGAGGAUUUGCCUGAAACAAACAAAAAGAUUAAGACCAAGAAAGACAAUGUAGAAAAUGUUGUGAAAUCAGUCAUCCCAGAUGAUUUGCCUGAAACAAACCAAAAGAUUAAGACCAAGAAAGACAAUGUAGAAAAUGUUGUGAAUUCAGUCAUUCCAGAGAAUUUGUCAGACACAACCCAGAAUAUUGAGAUCAAGAAACACAAUGUAGAAAAUGUUAUGAAAUCAGUCAUCCCAGAGGAUUUGCCUGAAACAAACCAAAAGAUUAAGACCAAAGAAGACAGUGUAGAAAUUGUUGUGAAUUCAGUCAUUCCAGAGAAUUUGCCUGAGACAACCCAGAAGAUGAAGACCAAGAAAGACAAUGUAGAAAAUGUUGUGACUUCAGUCAUUCCAGAGAAUUUGCCAGAGACACCCCAGAAGAUUAAGACCAAAAAAGACAAUGUAGAAAAUGUUGUGAAAUCAGUCAUCCCAGAGGAUUUGCCUGAAACAAACCAAAAGAUUAAGACCAAGAAAGACAAUGUAGAAAAUGUUGUGAAUUCAGUCAUCCCAGAGAAUUUGCCAGAGGCAACCCAGAAGAUGAAGAUCAAGAAAGACAAUGUAGAAAAUGUUGUGGAUUCAGUCAUCCCAGGGGAUUUGCCUGAAACAAACCAAAAGAUUAAAACCAAGAAAGACAAUGUAGAAAAUGUUGUGACUUCAGUCAUUCCAGAGAAUUUGCAUGAGACAACCCAGAAGAUGAAGACCAAGAAAGACAAUGUAGAAAAUGUUGUGACUUCAGUCAUUCCAGAGAAUUUGCCAGAGACACCCCAGAAGAUUAAGACCAAGAAAGACAAUGUAGAAAAUGUUGUGAAAUCAGUCAUCCCAGAGGAUUUGCCUGAAACAAACCAAAAGAUUAAGAUCAAGAAAGACAAUGUAGAAAAUGUUGUGAAAUCAGUCAUCCCAGAGGAUUUGCCUGAAACAAACCAAAAGAUUGAGACCAAGAAAGACAAUGUAGAAAAUGUUGUGACUUCGAUCAUUCCAGAGAAUUUGCCAGAGACACCCCAGAAGAUGAAGACCAAGAAAGACAAUGUAGAAAAUGUGACCUCAGUCAUUCCAGAGAUUUUGCCAGAGACAGCCCAGAAGAUGAAGACCAAGAAAGACAAUGUAGAAAAUGUUGUGACUUCAGUCAAUCCAGAGAAUUUGCCAGAGACACCCCAGAAGAUUAAGACCAAGAAAGACAAUGUAGAAAAUGUUGUGACUUCAGUCAUUCCAGAGGAUUUGCCUGAGGCAACCCAGGAGAUGAAGUCCAAGGAACCAAAUGUGGAAAAUGGUGUGAAAGAUUUAAAACAAACUGAAAUUAUACCUGCAUCUACCCAGCUAGAUACCGUGAUUAUAAAUCAUGUCCAAAACAAAGAAGAAUGUGAUAAACAGACAAUAUCAGAGAAGCAACCAAGCUCGGAAAUAUCUGUUCGGUUAGGUGACUCAAGUAAAACUCUGAACAAGGAGUGCAUAAAAUCAAACAAAAUAAAUAAGGUAGUUGAUGAGGUGCCAGUAGCAGCCAUUACGCAUCCAGUGGCUGCUUCUAAACCAGAUCCAGUUCAAAAUAAAGAUAUGACUUUAGGGGAGAAACUUCCAUUACUUAAAAAAUCAGAUAAACUGACUUCCAAAAUAGACAGAAAGACUGAAAUCCAGAUUAAAAACGUAGAAUCCAACAUUAAGGACUCCAUAAAGACUAAAGACAAAAUGCCAAAUGCUAACUUACAAAAACUGAAACCACCAGCUGACCAGAAUCUACAACAGUUUACCUCUCAGAAUCUUCCCUUCAACACCAAAAAUAAAAAGACACCAUCUAGUUGGUUAGAUGUGGACCAAGGUUUUAAGAAAAAGAAAACGGAGAGACGACUAGAUUGUUCUGCAAGUGAGGAUAAUCUGCUUGAUACUUCUGAUGAUUUUGAAGAGUUCAUCCGUAACAUUAAGGAACACUGUUCCCCCUUUUCAGUGCCACCUAGGAAACACGGUCAGAACAAAAUGCCAUCACCUCCUUUUGCCAUGCCUGCUAUCAAAGAAGAUCACUUUGAGAAGGUAUUUGAUCCAGAGCAAUUCAAGUUCGGGACAAGAAAAACUAUGGGGCCAAAAGACCCCUCUCCAGCCAUGGCAAUUAAGAGGAAAAACGAAGAGGCAAAAAACAAUCCAAAAUCCAGAAGAUCCGAAGAUCUCCUGCUUUAUAAAUCUCUUUCAGCUAGGCGCGAACAAGAAAGUACGGAAAAAGUCGAGGAUAAAAAUGAUGGUGAGAACAAGAACACCACAGAAACAUCUGGAAAAGUCUCCUCAAGGUUGGAAAGAAUGUCAAUCAUCUCAAACCUCAUGAACUUCUCAAGAACGCCAGCAGAGACAGCGGCAACUUCAGGAGAGAAGAAGGAUAUUGUCCUUCCAACUUCAAAAGAAGGAAAUGCUACUUUGCCAGAUCAAGGCAAUGUAACAGUAAGUGAAAAUGGUGGUUUAGUAAAGACGCAUCCUCCCAUUCCGAACUUCCCAGAAGUCAAGUUGCCGGAUCUUUUAGAGAAAUAUGUCAAUAAGAACAAGGCGACCCAGCAAUGGCCUGAAACCGGUUCUACCAGUUCUCUAUCUGCUUUAGAUGUUCCUUCUCCAAGUGCUACUCCAAGCCCACCUAAUCCAAACAUGGGACUGCAGGACAUCCCAAGACUAACAUCUCCAUCCAAUAGCACUCAACAGCUUCCACUGCUUGCACCCACCAGCUUCUCACCAAAACUUGUAGGGACACCGGCAGUCAGAGGCUUCCACAGGCGCCCUGGAAAGAUUGUGAUAUACCAGCAAGCUCAGCUUGGGGGAGAGUCGUAUGAAGUGUUUAGAGACGUAGAGGACGCCACCUCGCUGGAACUUUCUCCAAUCAUAUCAUUAAAGGUCGUCCGAGGAUGCUGGCUGCUGUAUGAAAAACCAGGCUUCCAGGGACGAACCAUCGCUCUGGAGGAGGGGAUUACAGAGGUAGUGAAUGAGUGGGCGGAGCCGAGUGGAGAGGUGGGGCCAGAUGGCAUGCUUCUCCCAACCACACCCAUGGUUAUCGGCUCUAUUAGACUUGCACUGAGGGACUACAGCCCACCAGCAAUCGACCUGUUCACAGAGACGAAUGGAAUGGGCCGAAUGUCCACAUACUGUGAUGAUGUCAUUGAAAUCUGCUCCUACGGCAUUCCUCAAAGUACCGGCUCCAUUAAGGUCCACUCCGGAAUAUGGCUUGUCUUCAGUGAUCCAGGCUUCCAGGGUCUAUUGGCUGUAUUGGAGGAAGGAGUUUAUCUCUGCCCUGAAGACUGGGGCUUCCCUACCGCCUUUGUUGGAUCACUAAGACCUCUGAAAAUGGGUGAAAUUAAGGUGGAAAAUCCCAAUGAAGUGAAGGCAGUGCUGUAUGAAAAGCCGAUGUUCCAGGGCGAGUGCAUAGAGAUCGAAGGAGACAUUUACAGCUUUGAUGAGAUUGAGGACCAGGAGAAGAUUGCAGAAGAGGAGAGUCCUGAUGAUACCUCUGAAACGAAGAAGAGAUUCAGUUCUGUCGGCUCAUUGAAGAUCCUGAGUGGCCUCUGGGUAGGCUACUCUGCGUCUGGUUUCGAGGGUUGCCAGUAUCUUUUGGAGGAAGGAGAGUACGUGGACUUCACAGAUUGGGGCGGACAGCAAGACGGGCUGUUCUCUAUACGUCCUGUAUUAGCAGAUUUUAUGACUCCUCACGUGAGGUUGUUCAGGGAUACAGAUUUCGGCCAGAGAGGGUUGAAUGUGGAUCUGCUCGAACCUGUAUUCAACAUGGAAGCCACCGAUUUCGGCAUAAAGACACAGUCGAUGGAAGUCCUCUCUGGCGUGUGGAUAGCAUUUGAGAAUGCACAUUUCUCAGGUGAGCUGUAUAUUUUGGAGAAGGGUCUGUAUGGCAACCCGGCAGAUUGGGGCGCACAGAACGGCAGGAUUUUAUCUUUCCAACCUGUUAUUUUGGAUCAAGCAGAAGAUUUGUCAAGAUAUAAGGUCCAGUUGUUUAGUGAGCCAGGCUUUCAAGGAAACGUUUUGGCCUUAGACGAAAGUGUGGCGUUCCUGCCCGAGGAUUUCCAACCCCUGUCCUGCAAGGUCCUAGCUGGGAGCUGGGUGCUGUUCGACGGCCCGCAGUUCACAGAUAACAUGUAUGUGCUGGAGGAAGGAGAAUAUCCAAACCCUGAGGCUAUGGGCUUACUCAACUCAAACUGCAAAAUCAGCUCUGUUCACACUGUAGGACAUGAAUUUUCUAUGCCCUCUGUCACUCUUCACUGUAAAUCCAACUUCAGAGGGCGGAAAAUCAUUUUGACAGACGGGGCUUUGAACCUUUCCCAAGUUGGCAUGAAUGGGCGAGUCAACUCCCUAUUGAUCAACGGAGGAAUUUGGGUGUUGUAUGAAUACAGCAAUUUCCGUGGCCGUCAGGUUUUGCUCCACCCCGGUGAGAUUGGUGAUUGGAAGAAGUUUAAAGGAUGGGACCGGAUUGGUUCCCUGCGUCCUUUAUUGCAGAAACGCGUUUAUUUCCGGCUGCGUAGCGCGGAGACGGGCUGCCUGAUGUCUCUCUCUGGACCCCUGGAUGAUAUAAAACUGGUUCGGAUUCAAGUGCUGGAUGAAUCUGGGGGUCCAGAGCAGAUCUGGGUUUAUGAAAACGGACUACUGCGCUGCAAGAUGGUGGAGGAUUGUUGUGUGGAGACCUCUGGUGGAUUGGUAAUGGCAGGUGGCAGGUUAAGUAUCUCACCCAACCCAGGCAUGGACAACCAUUUCUGGAGCAUCACGGGAGAUGGACUCAUAAGGAACAACUUUAAGCCUGACCUUGUGAUGGAGGUCAAAGGUGGGCAGCAAUACGAUAAAAACCAGGUGAUCAUUAAUACCUUUGAUGAACAGAAACCAAACCAGAGGUGGACUGUGGAAAUCCUGUAAAGUUACUACACAAGUCAUUUCUGAUGAAUCUGAAGCUAUUCAGUCAUGAAUCAGAGACAUAAAUGAGACUCUUAUACCAAGCUGGACCUUUGGAUCUUAAAAAAAAAAAAAAAUCCAGCAGGUCUGAGCUUCCUACAUGAGCGAUGUCUCUGUGGACAAUUAUCUUCAAGUCUAUAUGCUACGAAAAGACAUUGAAGUGAUGGUUAUGACCUGAUGUGCUAGUCAUAGUUUCAACCCGUCCCACUUACAUGUUUAAUCAUGUGACAGCAUCAUGACUGCAAUGCAUUCCUAUGACCACAGUGGGGCGCUCUAGCAUUACCAUGUAUUCAUCUGCACUUUAGGUGAUUAUUAAUAUUUAUGACCCUGGACCACAAAACCAAUCAUAAGUCGCAUGGGUAUAUUUGGAACAAUUGUAUUGAUCAAAAUGAUCAAUUUUUAUUUAAUGCCAAAAAAAUUUAGGAUAUAAAGAUCAUGUUCCAUGAAGAUAUUUUGUAAAUUUACUAGCGUAAAUAUAUAUAUAUAUUUAAGUAUAUUUUUUAGACUCUUAGAUUCCAGAUUUUCAAAUAUUAAUAUCUAUCUCUUCCAAAUAUUGUCCUAUCCUAACAAACCAUACAUCAAUUAAAAGCUUAUUUAUCCAUGUAUACAUAUCAAUUUUAAACAUCACCCUUAUGACUGGUUUUGUGGUCCAGAGUCACAUUUUUAGUUUUUAGUAUUAGGCUGCUGACUGACUGAAAGCAAACGUGGGACCAUUUUCACUCAGUGUGUGUUGUUAAAGCUGUAUUUCAUCUCUCAUUAUGCUGAUCUGGCAUCAGUUCACAUGCUGACAUGUUGGCAACUGAUCAUAGAGUAGCUGUUCAGUCAUCAGAGUAUUUCUUUAUUUUCUUUACAUUUUCUAAAAAUAAAUAAAAUAAACUAAACUAUUCUCAGUGUUGCUACGUCCAGAUUUCCAAAAUAUACUGUUACAUUUUUUUAUUGUUUUCUUUGGCCUAUUUAAAUGAUGCAAUUGCAAAAUAAAAGACACUGUGGUGACUACA